GGCUCCGCUGCAGCCUCCUGGCCCGCCCCCGUUCCAUCCUCCCUCUGCGACUGGAUGGUACGUUCCGGUCCGCCUGGCCCGGCUGCGGUGGAUGUUGCUAGAAUCCACGCGGAGGAAGGAAGAGACGCAGGCAGGCUGCGGUGACUCAAGCGGCGGCCCCUGCCUCAGGGACCCCUUCCCCGAGAGACGGCACCAUGACCCAGGGAAAGCUCUCCGUGGCUAACAAGGCCCCUGGGACCGGAACUGGGACCGGGACUGAGGGGCAGCAGCAAGUGAAUGGUGACAAGGGGUCUCCAGCAGUGCCCUCGGCCCCGCCCUCCUAUGAGGAGGCCACCUCCGGGGAGGGGCUGAAGGCAGGGACCUUCCCUGCAGCCCCUUCGUCUGUGCCGCUCCACCCUGUCUGGGCCUAUGUGGACCCCAGCAGCAGCUCCAGCUAUGACAGCGGUUUCCCCACUGGAGACCAUGAGCUCUUCACCACUUUCAGUUGGGAUGACCAGAAAGUUCGCCGAGUCUUCAUCAGAAAGGUCUACACCAUCCUGCUGAUCCAGCUGCUGGUGACCUUGGGUGUCGUGGCGCUCUUCACCUUCUGUGACCCCGUUAAGGACUACAUCCAGGCCAACCCGGGCUGGUACUGGGCAUCCUACGCUGUAUUCUUUGCGACCUACCUGACCCUGGCCUGCUAUUCUGGAUCUAGGAGGUAUUUUCCUUGGAACCUGAUUCUCCUGACCAUCUUUACCCUGUCCAUGGCCUACCUCACUGGGAUGUUGUCCAGUUACUACAACACCACAUCUGUGCUGCUGUGCCUGGGCAUCACCGCCCUGGUCUGCCUCUCCGUCACCGUCUUCAGCUUCCAAACCAAGUUUGACUUCACCUCCUGCCAGGGUGUGCUCUUCGUGCUGCUCAUGACUCUCUUCUUCAGUGGACUCAUCCUGGCCAUCCUCCUGCCCUUCCAAUACGUGCCCUGGCUCCACGCAGUGUAUGCCGUGCUGGGAGCAAGUGUAUUUACAUUGUUCCUGGCAUUUGACACCCAGUUGCUUAUGGGUAACCGACGUCACUCGCUGAGCCCCGAGGAAUAUAUUUUUGGAGCCCUCAACAUUUACCUAGACAUCAUCUACAUCUUCACCUUCUUCCUGCAGCUUUUUGGCACCAACCGGGAAUGAGGAGUCCUUCCCACCCCUCCUUCCUUCAGAGAAUGCUCCCUUGAUGGUCCUCUGACCCUCCCUGUGCUCCUGCAAGCCCAGAUAUAAACUAGCUGCUAGCCCGGCCUGUGCCCAGCCUGCUCACUCCCUCAGCCCAACCUUUAUCCUGACCCUCUGCAGCUUGUAGCAGUGCCACCUGGGGGCCCUGCAGCACCAAGGUCACGAUCCACUGUGCCGCCCUUCCCCCCAAUUACAUCUCCCAAAGUGGGAUGGUGGAGGCUGCUGGAGGCACCUCUGAGUUUGAGGACCCAAGAGACAAGUGGGAGGAGAUCAGCAAGAUUUCAGACGUGGGAAAGAGACACCAGGAAGCCUGGCUGAGGCCUGCACCCCCACCAAGAUUCCUCCUAAGGCUGCCACAGCUGUGUGAACCUUGGGGCACACUGUCCUGUGUCCAGUCCUCCCCUCCUUUCUUUCCUUCUAGGUCAGGCAUUAACGUUUUGUAGGGAAGCAGGUGGAGGGAUAGCUGGGAGAUGAGGUGAGGGUGUUCUGCAGGUGGGGGAUAUGGGUGGAUAGUAUGGCUGCCCAUCCUCUCUCAGCCGUAGGACCACUAGCUUGUUCUAGGGACUUGAGCCCUGAGACCAGGAGCAACCAGAGAGGGGUAGGAAAGCAGCGCCAUCUAUAAUUGUCUUGGUUUACCCUCCUGGGUCAUGACAGAGCACUGUGAUGGCAGGAGGCCCUGCUCCUAAGUGGGGGCCUGCCCUGAAGCCCCAAGGGAAGUGGGAACAGUGCCGCCAGCUGAGGGGGGAGGGAUCUGGUCUCGGCAGCACUGCCAGUUCACCCCAACCUGCGUCCAUCUGGGAGGCGUGUGGGGUUAGCAGGACUGAGACCUACUCCUCUUAGCCUCUCCUCUUGGCGCCCCCAGGAUGCUCUCACAGGCCUGAGGCUGAGUGCUUGGGCCCUAGAGGACUGGAUGUUCUGAGGGAGGGAGGGUCAUUCUACCUAAACCAGCCCCAUCUAGAGGGAAUCUACCCUGCCCCCAGCCCUUCCCAUGGCCUUUCUGCACAUCUUAUUUCUUAAACCCUCCCCAACCUGAUUCCAUUUGCUGGCUUAUCCCCAGCCAGGCCCCCUGAGGCCUCAGUUGGCAGUACCUAUGUCCCUCCCUCUAGCUUCUCUGGCCACUCUGCACAGAGUUGCUAAGCCCCCUCCACUCCUUAUCUCCUCAUCUCUAAUUUUGAAGCUAUCCAGCCAGGGCCAGUCCCUCCAGCUGGUCCCAGGUGAGGAGGCCAGGUCUCCUUAUCAGCCUCUAGGCGGUUGAGAUCUCAGGCAGAGAGUGCGUCAGCCACCCAGCCCCCUGCAAGCCCUGCUGGGGAGGGGACCAGGGGGCCACGCCUGGGGGAAGCGUGCAGCCAGCACCCUGCUAGCAGCCAACUCCCAGCCAGUGGAAAGUUACUGGGUGGGGUCAGAGAGGUUCAGAGUGGAUUCCUCUCCCUCCAGGGCCACCUCUCUUAUUCCUAUGCUGAGGGACAUGUUUGUCCCUGGGGAGGGUGACUAGGUAUGCUAUCUAUGUUCCCAACCCCUCCUUCCCCACCCUUCCUAUUUUCAGCUUUCAAGAAAUAUUGCAGAAGCAUUUGAAGUUUUGUUCCAUCUAGGAUAUUUGAGGAGAGAAGGAACCAAGAAGUGAUUGUGGUGUUUGUGUGUGAGAUAGAGGCAAUUGGGAGCAUGGGUGGGAGGUCUACUAUGUGCUGUCCUAAAUCAAUCUAUUUCAGCAAUCCUACAAAGGCGGUAUUCUGCAUAUCCCCACGGCAGAGGGAAAAGCUGAGGUGAUCAAGGGGCUUGGUAAUGAGCCCAAGGUCAUACAGCUAACAGGUUGGAUAGGACUGGAAGGAGUCUGCAUGGUGGUCAGGCCCUGGUGUCUCUGGGGAUUUGUUGUUGCCCUGACAUCCCAUCUCCUCUCCCACUACCACCACCAGUUUCCCACUCUGUGGUUUCCACCUCCUGAUACAAGCUGGGAGGCAGGACUCUGGUGUCUGAUUCUCAGCCUCACUGCCACAGGCUCAUGGUAUUGGGAGAGUAUUUCUUGCUGCCUGUGAUUCACGUUUGCUAUCAGCAAGAAGGAAGACCAUGGCCAGGGUGGUGCAGAAGAGGCACCAGAACACUAUUUCCACUGACUUCGUCAUCCAGGUGCCCCUUCGGUUCCUUUCCGAAUCUCUGGUCCCAGUUCUGAGGGGUCAGAACUCUCCCCUUUUGCCCUGCCGCUCUCAGCCUGGGCCUUGGUCUGCUUUCUCAGAAUCCACACUCCAAGCCCUCCUCUUCCUAGGGCAGUGUAUGCAUAAAUGGGGGAUUGAGAAACUUAUCAGAAGCUGAGAUCCAAAAGCUGGGGGAAAGAAGCAAGCUCUCAGCAAUACACAGUGUGACAGCGGCAACUCAGAGUAUGCUGCAGACUCUCCUACUCUGGGUCCUGAGAGGGGUCCAGGGCACGCUGAGCUGGCAGCAGUGCCUGGGCCGAGGCCCUGGCAUUCCACCUGCAUCCAGGCCCCGAGGAGGCCCAGGAACACCUGGAUGGGCCUUGAAAGGAGGAAGGGCCGAGGAAUGUGAGAUUAUGAGAAACCCGAGAAUCCUAAAAUGGGCGGGUGUCACAAGCUUCAGUGGAGGAGGGGAGCCUCCUGGCCCCUCACAUUUUUGGCAGGGGUGCGGCUGGGCCCAGGAAGGGGUAGGUUGGAUUUCAUAAAGCUAGAGGCAGCCAGGAAUCUGACCAUCUGUGAUGUGAGGUCAGAGGUCUCCUGCCGAGGGGAAGACAGACCAAGAUAUCCUCUCAUGAGGAUUGCAGAUUGGGGACCAGGGAGCCAGGGAGGUGCUUGCAAGUCCCAUACAUGCUUGCCUCAAAUUCCCAGGUGUAUGCUUGCCUCCUUCUGUAUCACCUGGGGAAGCCCCAGGAAUCUUGGUUCUUCCAUUCUCUGCUCUUCUUCCCAGGGGAGUCAGGAUCAGGCAGACAUUCUUACUCUAAAAGGCUCCGCCUCUCCCUUCCCUGGCCCACAUGGGGACAAGUCCCAGGGCCUGUCAGCUCUCUUGCUGGGCUGGGAUUUCACACCAGCACUUUGCUGCCCCUUGGUGGCUGUCUGAGGGAAAACAUGGGCUGGUUCUGAGGCAGAGAAGCAGAAGGGCCCUGUAGCCCAGGUUGUGGGCUGGAUCUGCCACUGUCUUCCAUUCCAGCUCUUCUCAGAUCUCCUCAGACCUCUCAUCAGCCUUGAACUUUCCCUUUAGUCCUGCCAUUGUCGCAUCUUUUGGACACUGUUUACCUGUCUGCUGGAAACCACCCGUGCACCACCCCACCCUGGAGCUUUCUCCCAGUGUCUGAGGACAGAGACACAUCCUCAGUCAGGGCUGUCCUUCCCGGGACUCACCUUCCCUGUCCAUGACUGACAGAAAAUAAGAAUAAAGUAAUUAUGAUACCUGA